CAUCAAAACAAAGUUGAAUGGCACACAGUGAAGUCGUGUUUUCGCGAGUCUCGUCGUGGGCAUAUAAACAGUGGAGAAAAAACAGGAAUUAGCGUUGGUAGUUGUGUGAUGCGCAGUCCAUGGUAUACUGGAACGGCUGGUAAAAGUGUAUGACGUGCAGCUGGGAUAGUAUGUUGUUCAGUUUUGUUAUUAUUUGUACAGUCGCCCAUCCCCAUCGUCAUCGUUGAACGAAAAACAAGAUUACUCGAAAUCGAAUCAUUUUGCUACGUGCUAUAUACUAAUGCGCAGCAAGCUGUGACCAGCUGGCAGAGGUGAAAACGCAACAAUAGUAAAAUAUCAUUUGAACUGUGAGGACGCGGGUCGUUUCAAGAGUUCUAGAUUAAUUUUAUAGCGUAAAAAUAGUUCGAAGAAGAAAAUCGUUUGAUUUAUUGUGAAUUUAAAAAAUCAAGAAUAAAGUCAAGAUUUAGAAAUACAUUGGUAUCGUCAACAAGCCGAAUUAAAGAAAACACAAAGUUUUCUUAUUUCACCGAUCAAUUCGUGGAAAUUAUCUGAAGCAGUAUUCGUUGAGGAACCGCAAAUUAUUAUUUUAAUAAAAAGUCGUAGAAAAACGAAGUGCGUGAGAAAGUGGAUCGGAGGAAAACAUUCGGUGUGAUUGUAUGCGUCACGCAACAAAUUGCGCGUCAAGCGGUAUUUAUUGCACCUGUGUCUGUGCUUUGUUUAUUCAACGUUCCGCUUUAGUCCGCUACUGCUUCAUUUCGUAGCCAGGCGACAGGGAUCCGGCUACUUCAGUGGAAACUCACGUACACUUUCGGAACCUUUGUUUACAAAUAUAGUGAAGCGAGAGGAUUGAUUUUUCGCUUGUUUACGUGCAUCGGAGCACAGAGGAAUCCCUAGGAGCAAUACGGGAUACAUUUCUGCAUUCCAGACAAAGAACGAAAGGACAGAGGAUGUUCAAGUCCAUUAAUUUAACCAGUGAACCGAACAAGAUGUCAGCAACCGCAAGAUACAGUGAGGAUUUGUUGGGAGAAUCAUGGAUCGAACUUUCAUCGAGCACAAACACAGGUCCCAAAAGUCCCGACCGCACAACUCCGUUGCCCUUUACCUCGGUCGAAGAGUAUCAAAGACUGCUACGAGAGGCCCAGCGGGAAUCCAAGGAAUCGAGCCGGGUGACAUCGCUCACGAGCUCGCGGCGAGAUUCGCCCCGUGGAAGUCCCAAAUCUCCGCCGAAUAGCCCCAAUACCGAACUCGCCACAACCGAGGAGGAGCUCAGGGGUGUAUACAUAAACUAUUUGAAUCGGGUUGAUGUCAUUCCAACUGGAGACCUGAUAGGCCAUGCAAUAUUUUCGUACUUUCUUCUGAGACUGGAAGCCUACGCAAAGCAGAUCGAGGCGCACGAACCACAAUUGAAUCAAACCGCCCAAGAAGGAGCUCCCGCUUUGGCUCAAAAUGAUAACGAAUGGGUAUGGGAGUGGAGCAGUCGGCCGGACCAGCUGCCCCCAAAGGACUGGAAAUUUGAGCAUCCCAAACACGGCGUUCGUCGCAUGCAACAAGGAUAUUCCAUGCGUUUGACUCGGGUAGGCAAAAAUUCGCUCUUCUCCAGGGAAGUUCUGUAUUCGCUCGUACUGACCAAUGUAUUAUCGUUACUCUUGGGUGCCGGACUUGGUGCUUGGCUCCAUAAACGAGGACUACUAUUCACACGUAUUUCAAUUGAAUAAUCUGUUGUAGGACGAUUGUGUCGACAUCACUGGAUGAUGACUAUAAUGAGGAAAUUUCAUUUUUCGAUACAAUCAACUCCCUCUUGAUUACGGAGAAAAUUUUGAAUUAGAGAGAGAACCGUUUUUUUGGAUAUUGGUAUUGAGCUCACCAAAGCAAUCUAUUGGGCUUGGAAUGAAUUUAGGCAUUCAGAGGAAGAGUUUAUUGUAUCAUGAUCCAAUGUCAUCGUCAUUAGAAUUAGUCAAAGUGUCAAAAGCAACAGAAUCAGAUCAAGCACAUGAUACCCAAUUAAUUUGCAAACGCACCAAGUUUCCUUCAUGCAAAUACAUUCUAAAGGAAACUGGAACCUUCCACUUCAUUUGACGAAAUGCUGUUUGGUAAACACAUAGAAAAAAAAGCUGGGAACUCAGGAAAGCAAACGAAUCCAGAAGACAUUUAAACAGGCUGAGAUUGAUGUGAUGAUUUGUAGGCAAUCUGAAGGAUCAGACUAGUUAGGAAAUGUACAGAAAAACUAGCGGAGAGUACAUCUAUUGGUGUUUCUAUAUAAAUUCCAUAUCUAAAAUUCAAGCUACAUUUAUUCCCUUCUACUAGUAUACAGCAUAUUAUAUGAGCUUCAUAAAUUAUCAAUUUUGCUUUUUAUAUUACCGAAAACAUGGAAAAAUAGUCUUAUAUUAAAGAUAAAUUGAUUUUUUACAUCUAAUCGCUUCUUCAGAAUUAUGACUCUACGUAAUUGACAAUUUUUCGUAUUGAUUAAUUCCAAAUAAAAAGCCAAACUUCAUUUUGAAAUUAUUGCAGUCCAUUCUUUGUAAGUCCAUAUUCCAUUUGUCGAAAUAUCGUAAGGUGUAAAAGAAAAUCAUUGAAAAGGUAGACAAUUAUCUCAAUGAUUUCUUGAUUUGAAAAAUUUAAUAAAUAGUCAUAGAACAAUGUUUUAUGAAUGUUUGACUAAAUUAGGGAACAUCCAUAAAGUACGUCACGCAAAAAUUGGCGAUUUUCGACCCCCCCCUCCCCCCUUUUCACACUUUUUGUAUUGAACCUCUAAAAUUUUUGUAUGAGUCGUCACGCUGUUCGGAACCCCCCCUCCCCCCUAGGAGCGUGACGUACUUUGUGGAUGGCCCCUUAGAUUUCUCUCCGGGAAGAUCACUUGGAAUAUAUGAUGAAUCCAGGCCUACUUUCGAGAUUCAUUAGCUUUAAGCUAAACAUAUUAUUUUCACUAGUUUAUGUGACAUUCGUAUCAUUUGACACAUCAGGCGAAUAGUUUCUCAAAUAAAGCUACUCUGUUUCACAAAACUAGUAUUUCUACGGACUGGUUCUAAAAAGGACUACAGUGAUUUCUGAACUAAAAUUUUCGUUUUGUUCUAUAUAGUUUUGUUAAAUGAUUUACAGAAAGAAAGAAUUCUAUUACACACCAGCUACACAAAUUGGAUUGAGUAAAGAACAGAGUCUUUGUUUUAAUUAUCAAGGUGAUAAAAUCUCUUAUGUCCAUAUGAAAAAAAAGAAAUCCAGAGUUGUUUAUGGGAAUAGAGGAAACAAAAAAAAUUAUUUGAUCUUGGAAAAAACAGCUUCAAUUAGUGCACUACACUCGAAUUUUCGGAACUCGAUAUUAUUUUGAUUCUUCAUGCCGCGAACAUUUGCUGAAUAAAUAAAUCCUUGAUUGUGUUUAACAUGAAAGUUUCUGCCUUGAGUACCAAUUUUGCAUUUUAUGAAAUCUCUCUGAUAUCAACCGCUAAAAGAUGGUAAUUAUAAGCAAAAUGAUUCAAGUUUUUGUGCACUUUAUACAUAUAUAUGUAAACCCUCUGUGUUAUGCUUAAUUCGUUAUCAUGUAGAAUAAGAAAAUAAACCCAGCUUCUCUGUCAUUGGCGUGAAAAUGAAGCAUGGAUAUUUCAAAACUAUCUAAAUAUAAAGUUAAUUGAUAUCCAUCCAUCUCCAUAAAUUAUUACUAUUAUUAUUAUUUAGAACAUGGUUUUUAUACAAACUAAAAAAUAAAGAAUUUAAAUCUAA